AUGGCUCCAAUCCUCACCUCCAACCCAGCCCUCACACUGGUUCCUGAGCCUCUGAGCCCGGCCAGCUUCGCCCAAUUCGGCACAGCAAUUCAAUCGCCUCUACCACGCGACCUUAGCGUUGCCGUUCAACCGUCUUCUCUGCCCCCAAACCCGCAUACCCCGACGCCCAUUCUCGCAAACCAAAACUCAGCCCUCAAAUUCAGCCCUAUCUCGCCUAUGCUGGACAACUACAAGAAUGGGCCAAGCGGCACACCCUCUGAAACAAGAUUGACCAUGUUCUGCUGCUUCCCGCGCAAACUCCGCAGUAUCACAGCCACCAACCAACCCGAGAAAGAAGCCUUCGAUGUUCGCAUUCUAGAGCGCCACCCAUACACCCACCAAACUUUCAUUCCUACCGAUCUAUCGAGCCAUUCUAAGGUCGGAAAUGGCGAGGAAGAACCCGUUUUCCUGGUCGUUGUUGCGCCCACACUUAAGGGUGAAACCGCUACCGCGAAGAACCAAGCAGGCGAACUUAUUACAAUUCGCGAUCCGCCCGAUCUGCAUAACGCAAAGGCUUUCAUUGGACGAGGUGGUCAGUCCGUUACGUAUGCUGCUGGCACUUGGCAUGCGCCUAUGGUCGUGCUUGGCCCGCGCCGCGUGGAUUUCGUUGUCGUGCAGCACGUCAAUGGUGUUGAUGAUGAGGAUUGUCAAGAGGCGGCAUUCGGCGAAGGUAUUAAUGUUAAUCUUGGGUACAAGGGUCAGUAUGGCCGGAAAGAGCUGAAGGGGCCAAAGCUUUGGACAGCAGCGAAGCUCUAG